CAAUUCGUUAAUUUAAUAUUUAAUCGAUUUUCCACCAUUGUUAAACACACAGAACCAACCCAAGAAGAAAACAAUAUUACAGGCGCUUUGCUGAGGCCAAAAUGGCCACUUCUCUUUCUUCCUCACAAACUCUUCAAACCCUUCUCUGCAAAAACCUUCCCGUUUCUCUAUCCUCUUCCUUUCUCUCAAUUCCUAAGCCUUUAGCCCCUCUUCCCCUCUGCCACCGCUUCCUUCCUCUCACCCACUUCACUAACAAUCGUCUUCACUGCCGCCGUGGCCUUGUAGUUCGGUCCCAGUCUGAAAAUGGCGCCGAAGCUCUUCGCCCAUAUGAUUUUGACCUCUUUACUAUCGGUGCAGGCAGUGGGGGUGUGCGAGCUUCCCGAUUUGCUGCUAAUUUUGGUGCUUCAGUGGCGGUUUGUGAGCUUCCUUUCUCCACCAUUUCGUCGGAUAUUGCUGGAGGUGUGGGUGGGACGUGCGUUAUUCGUGGAUGUGUACCGAAGAAGUUACUUGUGUAUGCGUCAAAAUAUGCACAUGAAUUUGAAGAGAGUCAUGGCUUUGGAUGGAAAUAUGACACUGAACCAAAGCAUGACUGGAGCACCUUGAUUGCUAACAAGAAUGCUGAGUUACAUCGACUAACUGGUAUCUACAAGAAUAUUUUGAAAAAUGCUGGGGUCACAUUGAUUGAAGGCCGUGGAAAGAUUUUGGAUGAACACACGGUUGAUGUAGAUGGAAAGAUUUAUUCGGCUAGACACAUUCUAGUGUCAGUUGGGGGGCGCCCUUUCAUUCCUGACAUUCCUGGCAGUGAGUAUGCUAUAGAUUCUGAUGCUGCCCUUGAAUUGCCAUCCAAACCUGUGAAGAUUGCCAUAGUUGGAGGUGGAUAUAUUGCUCUAGAGUUUGCUGGCAUCUUCAAUGGUUUGAAAAGUGAAGUCCACGUAUUUAUACGACAGAAAAAAGUGCUUAGAGGCUUUGAUGAAGAGAUUAGAGAUUUUGUUGCAGAACAGAUGUCACUAAGAGGAGUUGAGUUCCAUACAGAGGAGGUACCACAAGCUAUCCUUAAAUCAGCUGAUGGGUCAUUAUCUCUGAAGACUAGCAAAGGAACAGUUGAAGGCUUCUCACAUGUUAUGUUUGCAACAGGGCGUAGGCCUAAUACAAAGAACUUGGGAUUGGAAGAAGUAGGAGUAAAAAUGACCAAGAAUGGAGCAAUUGAGGUUGAUGAAUACUCCCGUACAUCAGUUCCUUCAAUUUGGGCUGUUGGAGAUGUUACAGAUAGAAUAAAUUUGACUCCCGUUGCUUUAAUGGAGGGAGGCGCAUUAGCAAAAACUAUAUUUCAAAAUGAACCUACAAAACCUAGUUAUAGUGCUGUUCCUUGUGCUGUUUUUUCCCAGCCACCAAUUGGAAUAGUUGGUCUUACUGAAGAGCAGGCUAUACAAGAACACGGUGAUGUUGAUGUCUACACAGCAAACUUCCGGCCCUUGAAGGCUACACUCUCAGGGCUUCCAGACCGAGUUUUUAUGAAGCUUAUAGUCUGUGCAAAGACGAAUAAAGUUUUAGGACUGCAUAUGUGCGGUGAUGAUUCACCAGAAAUUGUACAGGGGUUUGCUGUGGCUGUGAAAGCUGGUCUGACCAAGGCAGACUUUGAUGCAACGGUGGGUGUUCAUCCUACAGCGGCUGAAGAAUUUGUCACAAUGCGGACUCCUACAAGGAAGUUCCGGAGAAAUCCUGAGGAAAAGCCAGAAUCUGAGGCUAAAACUGCAGCAGGGGUAUAAAAUGGAUGCAAGAUUAAUCAAUUUUCCAUUAAAAAAUUUAGUCGGUCCUUUCAGGUUGACUAUGAAAUGUAUGGCCCCGACGUCGGAUUGAUUAUUGAUGAUGAUAAUAAUGAUGAAGAGCCUGAACAAACUGGUCGUACAAAGUCGAUAACUUUACGAGGAUGCCAAUUUCAAAUAUUGCAGCUUUGAAGAAUAGAGAAUUCAAGAAUUUUUUUCCUGUAUUUUUUACUAACAUUUUGAGCAGCACACAUUAAAUCUGGAAUUGUCAUGGAGUGGAUUGUCUUGUUGGUUCUCGGUGUACAUUUUUCAUAAUUUAAAAGGGUGGGUAUUUCUGUUUUUGUUGGUUC